GCGUGCCGCCGCCGUCGCUGCCGCCUCCGCUACCGCUAGUGGAAGAAGAUGGCGGAAGGCGGAGCGGCGGACCUGGACACCCAGCGUUCUGACAUCGCGACGCUGCUCAAAACCUCGCUCCGGAAAGGGGACACCUGGUAUCUAGUAGAUAGUCGGUGGUUCAAACAGUGGAAAAAAUAUGUUGGCUUCGACAGUUGGGACAAAUACCAGAUGGGAGAUCAAAAUGUCUAUCCUGGACCCAUCGAUAACUCUGGACUUCUCAAAGAUGGCGAUGCUCAGUCACUUAAGGAACACCUUAUCGACGAGUUGGAUUACAUACUGUUGCCGACUGAGGGCUGGAAUAAACUUGUCAGCUGGUACACGCUGAUGGAAGGCCAAGAGCCAAUAGCAAGAAAGGUGGUAGAACAGGGCAUGUUUGUAAAGCACUGCAAAGUGGAAGUCUACCUCACAGAACUGAAGCUCUGCGAGAAUGGGAACAUGAACAAUGUUGUAACUCGGAGAUUUAGCAAAGCUGACACAAUAGACACAAUUGAAAAGGAAAUAAGAAAGAUCUUCAAUAUUCCAGAUGAAAAAGAGGCCAGACUAUGGAACAAGUAUAUGAGUAACACAUUUGAGCCACUGAAUAAGCCAGACAGCACCAUCCAGGAUGCCGGCCUAUACCAAGGACAGGUGUUAGUGAUAGAACAAAAAAAUGAAGACGGAACGUGGCCCAGGGGUCCCUCUGCUCCUAAGUCCCCAGGUGCAUCCAAUUUUUCAACUUUACCAAAGAUCUCUCCUUCAUCUCUAUCAAAUAAUUAUAACAACAUCAACAACAGAAAUGUGAAAAACUCCAAUUAUUGUCUCCCAUCAUAUACUGCUUACAAGAACUAUGAUUAUUCGGAACCUGGAAGAAACAAUGAACAGCCAGGCCUGUGUGGCCUAAGUAACUUGGGAAACACAUGUUUCAUGAACUCAGCCAUUCAGUGUUUGAGCAACACACCUCCACUUACUGAAUAUUUCCUCAAUGAUAAGUACCAAGAAGAGCUGAAUUUUGACAAUCCCUUAGGAAUGAGAGGUGAAAUAGCUAAAUCAUAUGCUGAACUCAUCAAGCAGAUGUGGUCUGGAAAGUUUAGCUACGUCACUCCAAGAGCAUUUAAGACACAAGUAGGACGUUUUGCACCUCAGUUCUCUGGAUAUCAACAGCAAGACUGCCAAGAACUACUAGCUUUCCUAUUAGAUGGAUUACAUGAGGAUUUGAAUAGAAUUAGGAAAAAACCAUAUAUCCAGUUAAAAGAUGCUGAUGGGAGGCCAGACAAGGUGGUUGCUGAAGAAGCCUGGGAAAACCAUUUAAAAAGAAAUGAUUCUAUCAUAGUAGACAUAUUUCAUGGCCUUUUCAAGUCUACGUUAGUGUGUCCUGAGUGUGCUAAGAUCUCAGUGACCUUCGACCCUUUCUGUUACUUGACACUUCCAUUGCCUAUGAAAAAGGAACGUAGCUUAGAAGUUUAUUUAGUUAGAAUGGAUCCACUUGCUAAACCUAUGCAAUACAAAGUCAUUGUGCCCAAAAUUGGAAAUAUACUAGACCUUUGUACAGCACUGUCUGCUUUGUCGGGAGUACCUGCAGAUAAGAUGAUAGUCACUGACAUAUAUAAUCAUAGAUUUCACAGGAUAUUUGCAAUGGAUGAGAACCUGAGUAGUAUUAUGGAGCGGGAUGAUAUUUAUGUGUUUGAAAUUAACAUCAACAGGACAGAAGACACAGAACAUGUGGUUAUUCCUGUUUGCCUCAGAGAAAAAUUCAGACACUCAAGUUACACUCACCACACUGGCUCUUCACUGUUCGGCCAGCCUUUUCUUAUGGCCGUGCCACGGAAUAAUACUGAAGAUAAACUCUACAAUCUCCUGCUCUUGAGAAUGUGCCGGUAUGUCAAGAUGUCUACUGAAACUGAGGAAACUGAUGGACCCCUGCGUUGCUGUGAGGACCAGAAUAUUAAUGGGAAUGGUCCAAAUGGCAUACAUGAAGAAGGCUCACCAAGUGAGAUGGAGACAGAUGAACCAGAUGAUGAGUCCAGCCAGGAUCAAGAACUUCCCUCAGAGAAUGAGAACAGUCAGUCUGAAGAUUCAGUCGGAGGAGAUAACGAUUCUGAAAAUGGAUUGUGUACUGAAGAAACAUGCAAAGGUCAACUGACGGGACACAAAAAGCGAUUGUUUACAUUCCAGUUCAACAACUUAGGCAACACUGAUAUCAACUACAUCAAAGACGACACCAGGCAUAUAAGAUUUGAUGAUAGGCAGCUUCGGCUAGAUGAAAGAUCUUUUCUCGCCUUGGACUGGGACCCUGACUUGAAGAAGAGAUAUUUUGAUGAGAAUGCUGCAGAGGAUUUUGAAAAACAUGAAAGCGUGGAAUAUAAACCUCCAAAAAGGCCCUUUGUGAAGUUAAAAGACUGCAUUGAGCUUUUCACAACAAAAGAGAAGCUAGGUGCUGAAGACCCCUGGUAUUGUCCAAAUUGUAAAGAGCAUCAGCAAGCCACCAAGAAAUUAGAUCUGUGGUCCCUGCCUCCCGUUCUUGUGGUGCAUCUAAAGAGAUUCUCCUAUAGUCGCUACAUGAGAGACAAGCUAGAUACGUUAGUCGAUUUUCCCAUCAGUGACUUGGAUAUGUCGGAAUUCCUAAUUAACCCAAAUGCAGGCCCUUGCCGCUAUAAUUUGAUUGCUGUUUCCAAUCACUAUGGAGGGAUGGGAGGAGGACAUUAUACUGCUUUUGCAAAGAACAAAGAUGAUGGAAAGUGGUACUAUUUUGAUGACAGUAGCGUCUCCACUGCAUCUGAAGACCAAAUUGUGUCCAAAGCAGCAUACGUGCUCUUCUACCAGAGACAGGACACUUUCAGUGGAACUGGCUUCUUCCCUCUCGACCGAGAAACUAAAGGUGCUUCAGCUGCUACAGGUGUCCCCCUGGAAAGUGACGAAGACAGCAAUGAUAAUGACAAUGACCUAGAAAAUGAAAACUGUAUGCACACUAAUUAACGAAAGUCCAAGAAGCCAUACGAGAGAGAGAAAGAGAGAGAGACUUUCCUGCCGGUGGUAUCUGUGGAGACGGAGUUACCCACCGCAUUAAACAGAGGUCUGAGAGGAGGCGUUUCAGAUACCCGAAUGUAAAUCCUUUAUCAGAUUUUAACUUGUGCAGUACUUGAAGUGAAACACAAUGAAAACUUUAACAGAAAUUGUCUCUUAAUACAUUUACAGUCUUGUAUUUACAAGCUAAAUAUAUAUAGGAAAUCACAAAUAAAUCCCUUUUAAGUUUGCUGCUGUUUUGAUGAAUUAUGUUUUCUUUAAUUUUUGGAUGUGACUUAAUUGAUGACAAAUGUUAACUUUGUGGAUGUUGGUCAUUAAUUUUGCUCUAAUAAUACUGCAAGGAAACUCUGGCUGAACUGAGUUCUUGGGUGAUCUAGUCCUGUGCGCUAGGCUGCCUGUCUGCACCUCUCGGGUACUUAGCUGCUGUCACUGUGGCUCAGACACUGCAGUGCCCUUGGUACACCAGGUCUCCCAGUCUGUCUGUCCCUGGUAAUCAGUGUGGCUCUGUUACCACAACCUGAGGAGCGGUCUUGAGGAAGUUCCCUUUUGUUGUAUCAUUAAAGUGCAGAACAUUACGUUUAUCUCACUCACUGUGGGAACACGUUCUAGAUUUCACAUGCCAUCAAAAUCAUUUUCAGCUACAUGUAAGUAUCUUUCACUGCAAUUGGAAUCUAUAAAUUUUUCAAUUUUGUUUUGGUUUAAAAUGCUUAUCUUCAAUCCACUGUUGGUUAAAAUGAAAGGUUUUAUUUUUGCUGUCUAUUAUUCUCCACUCCAUUUUGGUAAUUUGGCAACUUUUUAGCUCUCCCAGUUACUAUAGCUUUAAGGCAGGCUGGUUAGUACUCUGUAUCUGUAGUAAGAAUUGCAUCAAAGUUAGGCGAGGUUUUCUGUUCAUGUACUAGCCUUUAACUCAUUGCUAAUUUGACUCUAGAGGUAGGUCUGUUAACUUUCUCUGUGUGUUCCUGAUGGAAUUCACCAUAGCCUUACAGCUUCUCUCAGAAGGUAACUUGUAUAAGAGAAAUAGCAUUUGCAUGUUCGUUCCACAGUCAGAACCUGUGCAGCACAUGACGCAUACAAACCUUGGGUUUCAUUUAGCUUCUCACAGUCAAGGAUCCAAGACGCCAAAUAUAUAUGUGAGCAUUUGAUAUAUUUUCAUUUGCUGCUUUUCUCUCCCUCUGAUCCAGUUGAAAGAAUGUAUGGAUGAUUGGCAGGCAAUACUGCCUUUAAUAGGAAACUAAAUGCUGGGGCACAUUUCACAUCCGACUACCUGAGAAAUCGCUUUGUGUCCCACUGUUAUUAAAGCAAAAAUUAUAAUGUUCUUCACUUGAACUAAUCAAAUACAAUAGAUUAUAAAUUGUGUAUUGUAAAUAAAAGUUCACUCUGUGAGUGCACAUUUUGGUAAAUUAUUUAUUUAUGUUAGCAUUUUAAAAGAAAGGGAAAAAAGUGCAUUUGACCAGGAUAAGUAAGGUAUGUUGAUCAUGGCUUUGCUUUAUAUCUUGAUAUUAAAGCUGGUUUUUCAUCCUGGUCUUUUAAAAGCUGCUUUGGGUGUUGUUUCUUUUUUCUUUUCUUUUCUCUUUUUUUCUUCUUUUUAUCUCUCUCUCUCUUUUUUUUUAAAUGUAAACACAACCUCCUGCAUGACAGAGGUUAAUAUUUUGUCUGCACUUGGGUUCACUUGAGUUUACAUUUGAAAUGUGCAUGUUUAUUUAUACAGAUUUCAAUAAAGCUAUUGACAGCCUUA